AGCGCAAGCUCCUCGGCGAAUUGAUCAAUUCCAGUCGGACGUUGCGUCGACUAGCCUUGGUCGUACAGAUAUUUCGCUGAGUGCUGAAUAGGCCAUUUAGUUGUUGCACCUCGGAAGUCAUUUAUUAAGCUAAUUCGCACAUUCGUCACGAGAACAAAGUAUCCCAUGGCUGCACCGAAUAGAUUUCUUCGCUGUUUCAUUUCAAUAAAUAUGAAUACGCAACGCUACUAUUGUUUAACAUUUGUUUGUACGCUUUCCCGGGACACGCACACCCAGGCGCACGCGCUUUCUGCUUAUAUAUAUUGUGCGCGCGCGUGUCUAUGUUUAUGUAUAUGUCGACACCUCCUAGCAAUCAGAUCCUAUCUCUACGAGCAAUUUGUAAAGGUACUAUCUCGGCGUUCAAUUGAUAAAGGGACUAUCUUGCGGCCAAUUCGAAAAAGUACUUUUCGCCAGUUUAUAUCUCAGCUGUCCUUUCGAUAACAUACUAUCCCGGCCGUCGGAUUAUUAUUGUUUUGUGUUUAAUAUUUUUUUGCUUGAUGCAGAAUGCAAAAACGAAAAACUUAGCACGUUCAGUGUUGAUUAAAAACAAUCCGCCCGAUUGCGCAGGCGAUAUACUUUGAUGAUCAUCAGCGAUGUUGAUACUUAUUCUAUACUACCUGCCCGACGUACGAAUUGUUCGCACGUUCAGCAGAAAGCGCAGAUACGUACGUGGAAAAUCGCACUCACCAUACGUCGUAUCGAAAAAUACAGUACGACACAUAUUCGGGAAAAAUCCCGUGUAUCUUUCCAGCCUUGCUUCGCUCUGGCGUAAACGACCUACGAGACAAGAAUCUACUUUUCCGCACUUGUAUUGUAAUUAAUACUUUAUAAUUUAUUUUCGACACCCUCGCAUAUGGCUGAUAUAUUGGUUUUGUCUUGCUCGCUAUUAAGGUUUAUAAAAAAGCUGUUUAUCACCAUUUAAAAAAACAAUACUAAGAAUAGAACGAUAUUAAUCCGCCAAGAUAGCAGUUUAUUGAAACAGAAUCUUUUUACACUGAUUGCCGAAAUAUGACCUUCUUGAAUUGAACGCCGAGAUAGUUCCUUUUCGAGUUGCUCGCCAAAAUAGAUGCUUAUUGCUAGGACGCAUCCAUAUAUAUGUAUACGUAUAUGUACAUGUACAUGUAUACCGAAUUUAUUCAUAAACUUAUCAGCAGACAUACCAGGAGUGUCAGUUCUUUUAAUUCUCGUCGCAACAAAAAUUAACUUGUCGUUUUGACGGAUAGGGUUUCGAGAUACUCGGAAUAUGUGGGAACUAUUCGCCCUAAUCGACCCAAAUGACCUAAGUGCAAGGUGAUCGUCAUUGCGGAUUAAAAUCAAUGAUGCCGGAGAAAGAAUCGUUAAAUCAUCGGAGAGAAUUUGCAUAACCGAUUGGUUCGCUUCGCUUCAAGGCAGGCGUAAUUACGAAGCGCUCCUCGAUUAUCCAUCUGCGGGCUGUAUAACGCGGCUGUGACCGUAUUCAUAGAUAAUAUACGAGCCGCGCGCGCGCGCGCGUGCGAACGAAUCAGCGUCGCGUCUCCGAUGGACUCGCGCAACAGUAGAGUGGCGCGCGAGCGCGGUAAAAGUCGGACGCUUUACGCAACCCGCUGGUGUCGCGAUGAUUCGCGAGGAAUUCUCAUCGAAUGAUUUAGAAACGGACGCGAAUCGUACGAUCGCCCGUAAUGAAAGUGCAACCCGACAAAGAAAGCAUUCGAGCGCGCGCACGGCUUAGACGCGAGGUAUUCCAGGUAGACAUUAGAAAUCAACGAAGAAGCUCGCGAGGUCGCUCCACCUAUAGCACGAAGACUCGCCGCAGCAGUAUCGAGCCGUCCGUCCGCAAGAGAACAAUCGCGUUCGGCCGGGACGUCAAUCCGCCGACAAUAGUAAAGAGCAGUGCGAUCGGCAGGAGGCGGUGCGCUGGCGGUGAGCGGGAGAGGACGGAGCGGUCGUCGUAUCUCCGCGGCGAUACGGCGCACGACUAGGACCGACGGGGCAGCGAAUGCGCGCGGAGGAAGAGGAAGCGGCGAGAGAUACUGCGAGCCGGCCGGAGAUGAGAAUGAGCAGCGGCGAGGAUGUGGAGGCUGCCAAAGUGGACGCGGCUGACCGAGAGCCUCCGCUGGCCCCAGAGCUUCGUUCUGCUGCUGCUGCCCUGCCUGCUGGCGCUCACCCUCUACUUCCUGUCCGGCUCGGAGCGCGAACUCGAGCGCGUCCAGUACCUGGCCUGGCGCUCCUACAACACCUCUGUCGGUCAGUCUCUGCACCAUACGUCUACUCCUGUCCCGCCCUCGACGCCGCUGCCUUCCGCGCUUCCUUCUCGGCCACCGCUUGCCUCCUUGCCUGCCAUCCUCCACGCGUCGACAAGCACCCAACACUCGAGACACGAGAACGGAAGUUCCAUGGAAAUCAAUGGUUCUGCGAUGUCUCAUGAAGCAGAUGUGCUCGACGGCUAUCUGGUGUGGAACUCCAAGUGUCACAUGCUGUCGAUGAACCCCUACGAUCCGUCCAUCGUCAAGUUCGUCAAGAGGGAAAAGUUCGAGGCGUGCUCCACCAAGCCGAAGCUCACCUCUAUCGGCAGGUACGCCAACGGAAGUGUCUAUCUGCUCGUCGACCGCGACGCGGCCAAGCGGUACAAAGACCUGUCCUGCUGCUGGGCUCCCGUCGUCAGGCCUAGCGCGCUCCUCAAACUCGACAAGGAGUACGAUUCCAGAGUGAGCGUAGGUCAUUACGAAGACUUCGAGGAGCAGGUGCUGCUGAACAAGUCGAUCGAGGUCGUUCACGUCGUCUGCCGCACCGGCAAGUCCAGCCGGAAGCCGUCGGCGAGCAAAGUGAAGACGGCGAAGGCGAAGAGCAGCCUCGCCUACGAGAACGUGCACGCGGUGCUGAAUCCCGAGCGAGUGCGCGAGCGGUGGCUCAAUGCCUCCGAGAACAGAGCGGGCUACAACAACACCAAUGGCACGGUUACGGCCACGGCCGCGCGACACGCCCCGCUGAGCGUCCUCCUGCUCGGAGUCGACAGCGUGUCUCGGCUGAACUUCUACCGCGCGAUGCCCGCGACCCGGGCCUACUUCGAGGACCGGGGCUGGACCGAGUUGCGCGGCUACAACAAGAUGGGCGACAAUACCUUUCCGAAUCUCAUGGCCCUGCUCACCGGUCAGAAUCAGACCUGGGCCUACGCCAAGUGCAAGCCCAAGGCGCUCUACGGCUUGGACAACUGCUCGAUGAUCUGGUACAACUUCAGGGAGGCCGGCUACGUCACUGCCUACGCCGAGGACCAGGCGAAGAUCAGCACCUUCAACUACCUCAAGAUGGGUUUCGUCGAGCCACCGACGGACUACUACCUGCGGCCCUACAUCCUGGCCGCGGAGAAGCUUCUGAAGACGCAGCCACGCUUCAGCUCCAACCACUGCACGGGCCCCGAGCUCAGCAUCGACCGGAUCUUCGACUCCGCGGUCGAGUUCGCCAAGGCCUUCGUGGGUAGUCCCUACUUUGGUUUCUUUUGGAGCAACACCAUCAGCCACGAAAACAUGAACGGGCUGUCGCUCUACGACACCAGGUUUCUGGCCAAACUGCGAGCGAUGGAGGACGCUGGGGUGAUGAACGACAGCAUGAUAGUGGUGCUGAGCGACCACGGGAUGCGUUACGGCAACAUUCGCGACACGUUCGUAGGAUGGUACGAGGAGCGGCUGCCCUUCGUCUACGUCUGGCUGCCGGAGUGGUUCCGCGAGCAGAACCCCGAGUCCGCGCUGGCGCUGCGCGUCAACCAGAACCGCCUGAGCUCGCCCUACGAUCUGUACGAGACCCUGCGGGACGUGCUGCAGCGGGCGGGUGGUCAGGCGCCGGCGAGCACCGGCUGCCCCCGCUGCUCCUCGCUCCUGAAGCCGCUGCCGCGCGAGAGGGGCUGCAAGGAGGCCGGCAUCGCGCCUCACUGGUGCACCUGCGCGGCCUUCGAGCCGAUCAGCAGCUCCGACAGCGUGGUCGUCGAGGGCGCGAACAAGUUCGUCGAUCACAUGGAGAACAUCGUGAAACAGUACAAGAACAAGAAGGGCGAUCGGGUCUGCUCGCAGCCCAAACUCAAGCGCAUAAUCAGGGUGAAGAAGAUGCUGGACCUCGAGGGCGAUCCCCAAGGCAAGGCGCUGAAGCUGCUCUACUUGCUGGAGGUGACGCCGGGAGGCGGCAAGUUCGAGACUACGAUGACCUACAACGGUCCGGGCAAUUACACGAUUCGCGACGAAGAGGUCAGUCGGAUCAACCUGUACGGUCACAGUGCCAAGUGUCUCAGCGAGGGCUUCAAGCAGUAUUGCCACUGCGGCGUCUGGCACAGUAUAUCCGAUCACCUGUUCGGCAGGUGAUUCCAACGUAGAAAUGCUUUUCUACCGUUGUACGCACUGUAGGUAUACCUGUAGUGCGCUCACGCACGCGACAGCCAUAGUAUUCAAAGCAUACGUAUACCUGUACACAUGUAUAGUAAAAGAGAUGCCAAGUACGAGUUCUCGCUGUCCGUACGCUAAGAGCGCGCAGCGAGAUUAUAUUUUAUACGAUGUUUCCGUAAUUGUAAGGAUCGAAGCGUUUGGCGUCGUGGAGACAAAUAUGGCUACUCCGAGAUCGGGUAAUUAUCUUUUGAAUUGUACCUCACUCGAUGACCCGUCAGCUUCAGCCGCUUACAUUGUGUUUCCUUCACAGUCAACACGACGAGUCCGAGGUAUACGAGUGAUAAUAACUUCCAUUACUGCGUUCAUUUCUAUUGAAGUACUUCAGUAUUUUAAUAAUAUUAUAAUAAGUGUAUCAUUGAUUAUUUUUCUACUUGAAGAGUAUAGAAAUUUUUAUACGCUGUUACCAUUACUUAAGUUUGAUAAAUCUUCUGGGGAAUGGGAAUGCCGAAGGCCAAUUUUAUUAUAGUCAUGUGAAGAAUAUUGCGUUGAGUGUGGAUAAUCAUUGUCUACGAAAUAUUGUUGAGACACAUUUUUAUAACGAAUCUAGAUUUUCUACUGUCAGCACGGCCCUUUUCUUAAAUGCUCUUCUUUACAUUAUUCCCGCAUUUCAAUUAACCACGUCAAUCAAAGCUUGCUUCAUUAGUCGAAGGAUCAAGCUCCGGAUGAAUCGAAAUCAAAAUGAGUUCGGAUACACCACGCUGAAUUAAUUGUGAAAGUGUUCUAACGAAAAUGAAUGUAUUUUUUUAGUCAACUUACAGCAGUUUAAAUUAUUCAGCGUGCUAUCGAAUACGCAUAAGCGAUUGUAAAAAUAAAGUUAACCAUUAUCUGAUACGCGAUUAACUACUUUUCUUUCUUACAUCCCUUCGUUGCUCGUUGAGCGUGGACCAUCCGCACCAAGCAGACGAAGCCGCUCUGAUGUUCGCUAACUUCAGCUUUCAUUCUAAUUUUGCAGAAUCGAAUAUUGAAAGAUACCAAAUGUCGCCAGACUUUCAUGUAAUUCAACAUCGUUGUGGAAGAAGGAGUUUCAAAUAACAUCUAAUAUAUGUAACCAAUACCGCAAUUUACUGCCAUUACCGUGACACUUGUCACCCGUCACAUUCUACCGAUUGGUAACAAUCAGCAUUCAAGGUGAACCUCGUAUUCUUCAUACUCAUGUCAAGCUCGUUAAAUCUCGAAAAAAUAUAUACUUCUGUACAUUAUUUAUGAC